GCCAGGAUUUUACUGUUAUUAAAGUCCGCUCUUCAUUUUCGUGUUUACAUUACAAUUUUGAAGUUUUAAAAAUUUUCAUGUCUUAAUUUUAUUAUGAAUUAUUCAUUUGCGAAAGACUUGAUUCGUGCACCUUUUAUUCAAUCUUCAUUUCUAAAAUAUGCUUGUCCUAGUUUGACAUGUGAAAGAUUUGUGAGUGGGAAAAGUCAAGAAAGAAAGACUAGACGAAAGCCACCUGGUGUUAAAAGAUUAGAUGGUGAUUAUGUUAAAAAAGAAGAAACACUUGUAGAACAAUUUCAUUUGCAUUUUCUUCCUGGCCUUAACGUCAGGGUAGGCUACAAGCAUAAUCUGAAAUCAAUGGUUUAUGGAAGAGUUAUGAUGACUUGUGAAAAGGUUAAUCCUAAUCUCGAAAAUCCUAUUGCUGCCAAAAACUUUACAAAUAUAGCUGCUCCUGUUCUUUACAGGAGAUACUUUCAUGUUAUACCUUUCACUCAAGGUAAAAAGUUCAAACUUAUAGAUUUAGUGUGAUUGUAAUUAUUAAUACAUAAGUAAUUCUUAUAAAGACCACAAAAUAAAUUUUUUGAAGUUGU